AUGAGCUUCCAAGAGGACCAUUCGGGACCGUCAAGCUCACGGCCACCUCUUAUCCACCGGAAGUCAAGGCCACGCCCGAGCAGUUCGGGGCCGUGCGAAUACUUCCCGCACCAGCAAGAGGCGGCGCUCGUCCUAAAUGUCCGAAACCUCGCCGAACCUUCCACCCACAGAUUGACGGGCCCAGCAUUCUUAUUUGUACUGUUCGCGUUACUGUACCCGGCCCUAUUGAGUGGGCCAGUAGCCGACCACAUCAAAGAUGACAAUUUCCUCAAGCCAUGCCGAAGCUACUGGUGGACACCCCUGGUGCACAUCUUGAACACUCAGCCCUUGAAAAAAAUGUGUGCAGCCCACAUGUGGUACCUUUCGUGCAGUUUCCAGAUAUACCUUGCGUGUUUCGGAUUCAUCGUGCUGAUGAAAAGGAAGCCCCUGAUUGGAGGAUUGUGCCUGGGGGUCUUAUCCGCAGCAUCAACCGUGGCUGUAGCGGUGCAAGUUUACUCCUACCGCUAUGGCGCUUUCAUCAUGAUGGGAUCCCUGCACAUGGAGAGUAGUUCUGAUCACAUUCGGUUCGUAUACAUGCUGCCUCACCAACACUUGGUCUCUUUCGCCGCGGGUGUAUUCGAAGCGUACGCCAUCGUGAACAAAAAACUGGGCUCGACUGCAAGGGUGCGUGUCACUUUACUGUGGGUCAUCGCUAUCGCGGUUACAACGCUGGUGUGCUUGUUUCCCUACGCGUGGGAUUCAGCUUCGAUUCCGUACGACCCCGUGCUGGCGGCCUUGUAUGCCGCCCUCUAUCCAGUGCUGUGGAGCGUGUCAGUCAGCUGGAUGCUGCACUCGUGCAUCACGGGAACGGCAGGGCUCUUGAACCGGUUCUUGAGCAUGGGAGUGUUCAUUCCACUGGGGAAGCUGAGCUUUUCGCUCUACCUCGUGCAUCCGUACGUUCUGUACACCAAGUUGGCCACCAUGAGGCACUUCAGAGCACUGGACCAAUGGACAAUGCUCUCCGAUGCCAUUGGGCUGCUGUUCCUCAGCUUGUUCUUCGCCUUCAUCUUCUACAUUGUGUGUGAAUGUCCCAUCACCAAUCUUGAUAAGGUGGCAGUGGACGCCAUCUUGAAGAGAAAGAGGCCAGUUACAAGGAACGACGCCCCUCCAGCGAACGUCCGCCCCAACAACAUCGAGUUAGGUGGAUGUGGUACACAGGGCCUUACAAAAAGCUCGAGUCCCUGAAGUACCUAUAUAAGUGUGCAUCAUGCUUCAGAUGCUUUACGUAUUUCUUGCUUGCAUCACACACAUAGAUGGGUUUUUUCAAUCGUUAAGGCAUCUAAAUUCGUACUGCCCCUCCCACCUCGAACUUGUCCACGAAUGGCAAGUUAGGGGUGGGAGGGGGAGCAAGUGCCCCCUUGCAUCUCCGAAACUGACACCUCUUCUCUGUAGCACUUCUUGCAAAUAAUAAGGCGCUGACAAAACGUGGAAUCAACGAAAUGGCAAUAUUGUUAAAAAUUCAGCUCCUUUUACAUUACAGGUUGCAAGCUUACACAUUCUGUGCUUGCGUCUGAGUUGUUUUAUUUGUUUGCACUUACUUGUAAUAUCUAAUUUCUCAGUUGUCUGUCAUCACUUUGCUCCGUUUUGAACAUUAUAUUUGGCCCUGUCUUGAUAUGUUCUUUCUACGUGUUUGAUCAUUUCUGAAGUUGUUUUCUUGGCGGAAUUUUUCGCACCCUCCUCACAGUGCUGAACGGAAUACAAUAAACAAGAAAAAUACAUAGAGCCUACCCUUUUUAUGAGUUCCCAACUACUCGGAUGAUCUGAAGACUUGUCUAAGCGUCAGGGUAAUUUUACUGGUUGUGUAGUAAGGGGCCUUU